CCCCAUUCAAGAAGCAGCUCCGCUAUCCCCGCCAGCAAAGGGCGCCCGGCGCGCCUCGGAGCGCACGUUCCGCGCCUUCUCCUGCCCGCUCCUUGGACAUUAUGCGGCCGAGCAGUCGAGCCCCAGUCCUCCUCCUCUUGCUGCUCCUCCGGCUCCUCCUGCGGCCCGAGCGGCUCAGCUCUCGGCAGGCGGCGGCGUUGCUCAGCCGAGCGCAGACGGGACCCUCGCGGCGAGACCUCAGCGACUCCUAAAGUCAAAAGUUGGCGGCGGGCGCCAGGCUCCGCGGGCUCACCGCGGCCGCUGCCUCGCGUCGCCGCCGCAGCCAGGGAGGGCAGGAGGGAGGGGGGUGGGAGCAACAGGGGAGGGGUGGGAAGCACCAUGCAGUUUGUAUCCUGGGCCACACUGCUAACGUUCCUGGUGCGGGACCUGGCCGAGAUGGGGAGCCCAGACGCCGCGGCGGCCGUGCGCAAGGACAGGCUGCACCCGAGGCAAGUGAAAUUAUUAGAGACCCUGAGCGAAUACGAAAUCGCGUCUCCCAUCCGAGUGAACGCUCUCGGAGAACCCGUUUCUACGAACGUGCACUUCAAAAGGAGGCGCCGGAGCAUUAACGUUGCCUCUGACCCCUGGCCGGCCUCUGCCUCGUCUUCCUCCUCCUCCUCUACCUCCGACCAGGAGCAUUACCGCCUCUCUGCCUUCGGCCAGCAAUUUCUAUUUAAUCUCUCCGCCCAUUCCGGAUUUAUCGCUCCACUGUUCACUGUCACCCUUCUCGGGACGCCCGGGGAGAACCAGACAAAGUUUUAUUCUGAGGAGGAAGCGGAACUCAAGCACUGCUUCUACAAAGGCCAUGUCAAUACCAAGUCUACCAAGUCCCAGCACACGGCGGUCAUCAGCCUCUGCUCAGGAAUGCUGGGCACAUUCCGGUCCCAUGAUGGGGAUUAUUUUAUUGAACCACUGCUGUCCCUUGAUGAACAAGAAGAUGAAGAGGAACAAAACAAACCCCACAUUAUCUAUAGGCACAGCAUCCUGCACAGAGAGCCCUCAACAGGAAGGCAGGCGUGUGACACCUCAGAACGCAAAAAUAGUCACAGUGAAGACAAGAGGAAGAUGAGAACAAGAAAAUGGGGAGAGAAGCGUAGCCUGGCUGACGAUGUGGCGGUAUUAAAAAGCAGCUUAGCAACAAAGGCUCUGCCUGCCUCUGGUAACAAGACGGACAGCACGAGGGAAAAGAGGACCCACAGAAGAACAAAACGUUUUUUAUCCUACCCACGGUUUGUAGAAGUGAUGGUGGUGGCAGACAACAAAAUGGUUUUAUACCACGGAGCAAACCUUCAGCACUAUAUUUUAACUUUAAUGUCAAUUGUAGCCUCUAUCUAUAAAGACCCAAGUAUUGGAAAUUUAAUUAAUAUUGUUAUUGUGAACUUAGUUGUGAUUCAUAAUGAACAGGAAGGACCUUCCAUAUCUUUUAACGCCCAGACAACAUUAAGAAAUUUUUGCCAGUGGCAGCACUCCAACUAUCCAGGUGGAAUCCAGCAUGACACUGCUGUUCUUGUAACGAGACAGGAUAUCUGCAGAGCUCAUGACAAAUGUGACACCUUAGGUCUUGCUGAACUGGGUACCAUCUGUGAUCCCUACCGAAGCUGUUCUAUUAGUGAAGACAGUGGACUGAGCACGGCUUUCACAAUAGCCCACGAGCUGGGCCAUGUGUUCAACAUGCCUCACGAUGACAACAACAAGUGCAAAGAGGAAGGAGUGAAGAGUCCCCAGCAUGUCAUGGCUCCCACAUUGAACUUCUACACCAACCCCUGGAUGUGGUCAAAAUGUAGUCGAAAAUAUAUCACUGAGUUUUUAGACACUGGUUAUGGUGAGUGUUUGCUUAAUGAACCUGAAGCCAGACGCUACCCUCUGCCUCCCCAACUGCCGGGCCUCCUUUACAACGUGAAUAAACAAUGUGAAUUGAUUUUUGGACCAGGUUCUCAGGUGUGCCCAUAUAUGAUGCAGUGUAGACGGCUCUGGUGCCAUAAUGUGGACGGAGCGCACAAAGGCUGCCGGACUCAGCACACGCCCUGGGCAGACGGGACAGAGUGUGAGCCUGGAAAGCACUGCAAGUUUGGAUUUUGUGUUCCCAAAGAAAUGGAAGUCCCUGUGACUGAUGGAUCCUGGGGAAGUUGGAGUCACUUUGGAACCUGCUCAAGAACGUGUGGAGGGGGCAUCAAAACUGCCAUUCGUGAGUGCAACAGACCAGAGCCCAAAAAUGGUGGGAAGUACUGUGUAGGACGUAGGAUGAAGUUUAAGUCCUGCAACACAGAGCCAUGUCUCAAGCAGAAGCGAGACUUCCGAGAUGAACAGUGUGCUCAGUUUGACGGGAAGCAUUUCAACAUCAACGGUCUGCUUCCCACUGUGCGUUGGGUCCCUAAGUACAGUGGAAUUUUGAUGAAGGACCGUUGCAAGUUGUUCUGCAGGGUGGCAGGUAACACGGCCUACUACCAGCUUCGAGACAGAGUGAUAGAUGGGACGCCCUGUGGCCAAGACACCAGCGAUAUCUGUGUCCAAGGCCUCUGCCGGCAAGCUGGAUGCGACCACGUUUUAAACUCAAAAGCCCGGAGAGAUAAAUGUGGAGUUUGUGGUGGUGAUAAUUCUUCGUGCAAAACAGUGGCAGGAACAUUUAACACAGUGCAUUAUGGUUACAAUACUGUGGUCCGAAUUCCAGCCGGUGCUACCAAUAUCGACGUGCGGCAGCACAGUUUCUCAGGGAAAUCAGAGGAUGAUAACUACUUGGCUUUAUCAAGCAGUAAAGGUGAAUUCUUACUAAAUGGAGACUUCGUGGUCACAAUGUCUAAAAGGGAAAUCCGCAUUGGGAACGCUGUGAUAGAGUACAGCGGGUCCGACAAUGUCGUGGAAAGAAUUAACUCCACAGACCGCAUCGAACAAGAACUUUUGCUUCAGGUGUUGUCGGUGGGAAAGUUAUACAACCCUGAUGUGCGCUAUUCAUUCAAUAUUCCAAUUGAAGACAAACCCCAGCAGUUUUACUGGAACAGUCACGGGCCCUGGCAAGCCUGCAGCAAACCCUGCCAAGGGGAGCGGAAGCGCAAACCCGUUUGCACCCGGGAAUCUGAUCAGCUUACGGUUUCUGAUCAAAGAUGUGACCGGCUGCCCCAGCCAGGACCCAUUACUGAACCUUGUGGCACAGACUGUGACCUGAGGUGGCACAUUGCCAGCAGGAGUGAAUGUAGCGCCCAGUGUGGCUUGGGUUACCGCACACUAGACAUCUACUGUGCCAAAUAUAGCAGGCUAGAUGGGAAGACCGAGAAGGUUGACGACAGUUUUUGCAACAGUCACCCCAAACCAAGCAACCGGGAAAAGUGCUCAGGAGAAUGUAACACGGGUGGCUGGCGCUAUUCUGCCUGGACUGAAUGCUCCAAAAGCUGUGAUGGUGGCAGCCAGAGAAGAAGGGCGAUUUGCGUCAACACCCGCAAUGAUGUACUGGACGAUCGCAAAUGCGCACAUCAAGAGAAAGUCACCAUUCAGAGAUGCAAUGAGUUCUCUUGUCCACAGUGGAAGUCAGCAGACUGGUCAGAGUGCCUGGUCACCUGCGGAAAAGGACAUAAGCACCGCCAGGUCUGGUGUCAGUUUGGGGAAGAUCGAUUAAACGAUAGAAGCUGUGACCCUGAGACCAAGCCAGCCUCCAUACUGACUUGUCAGCAGCCCGAAUGUGCGUCCUGGCAGGCGGGUCCCUGGGGACAGUGCAGUGUCACUUGUGGACAAGGAUACCAGCUGAGGGCAGUGAAGUGCAUCAUUGGGACUUACAUGUCAGUGGUCGAUGACAAUGACUGCAAUGCAGCCACUAGACCAACUGAUACCCAGGACUGUGAAUUACCAUCUUGUCACCCUCCCCCAGCUGCCCCGGAAGGAAGAAGAAGCACACAGAGUGCACCAAGAACCCAGUGGCGAUUUGGGUCUUGGACACCAUGCUCAGCCACUUGUGGAAAAGGUACUCGGAUGAGAUAUGUCAGCUGUCGGGACGAAGACGGCUCUGUGGCUGACGAGAGCGCCUGUGUGACUCUGCCUAGACCAGUGGCAAAGGAAGAAUGUUCUGUGACUCCCUGUGGGCAGUGGAAAGCUUUGGACUGGAGCCCUUGCUCCGUGACAUGUGGGCAAGGCAGGGCGACCCGGGAAGUGGUGUGUGUCAACUACAGUGACCACGUGAUUGAUCGGAGUGAGUGCGAUCCAGACUACAUCCCAGAAACCGACCAGGACUGUUCCACCUCACCAUGCCCUCAGCGGACCCCAGACAGCGGUCUCGCUCAGCACCCCUUCCAAAGCGAGGAUUUCCGCCCCAGAAGCGCGGGCCCCAGCCGCACCCAUGUGCUUGGUGGAAACCAGUGGAGGACUGGCCCCUGGGGAGCAUGUUCCAGUACCUGUGCUGGUGGGUCCCAGCGACGUGUUGUGGUAUGUCAGGACGAAAAUGGAUACACUGCAAAUGACUGCGUGGAGAGGAUAAAACCCGAUGAGCAAAGAGCCUGUGAAUCUGGCCCUUGUCCUCAAUGGGCUUAUGGCAACUGGGGAGAGUGCACGAAGCUAUGCGGUGGGGGCUUGCGCACAAGACUGGUGGUCUGCCAGCGGCCCAGCGGUGAGCGGUUUCCAGAUCUGAGCUGUGAAAUCCUUGAUAAGCCUCCAGAUCGUGAGCAGUGUAACACACACGCUUGUCCGCAAGACGCUGCCUGGAAUCACGGCCCUUGGAGUUCGUGUUCUGUCUCUUGUGGUCGAGGGCAUAAACAACGAAAUGUUUACUGCAUGGCAAAAGAUGGAAACCAUUUAGAGAGUGAUUACUGUAAACACCUUGCUAAGCCAAGUGGGCACAGAAAGUGCAGAGGAGGAAGAUGCCCCAAAUGGAAAGCUGGCGCCUGGAGUCAGUGCUCUGUGUCCUGCGGCCAAGGCACACGGCGGAGAAGUGUGAGCUGUCAGACGGGAACACACAAAACAGCCAGAGAGACUGAGUGCAACCCCUACACCAGACCGGAGUCGGAACGCGCCUGCCAAGCCGCACCGUGUCCUCUCUAUGCCUGGAGGGCAGAGGAAUGGCAAGAAUGCACCAAGACGUGUGGCGAGGGCUCCAGGUACCGCAAGGUGGUGUGUUGGGAUGUGGACAAAGGCACUGAGGUUCACGGCCUACGCUGCGACACGAGCAAGCGGCCUGCGGACCGGGAGAGCUGUAGUUUGCAGCCCUGCGAGUAUGUCUGGAUCACAGGAGAAUGGUCAGAGUGCUCAGUGACCUGUGGAAAGGGCUACAGACAAAGGCUCGUCUCCUGUAGCGAGAUUUACACCGGGAAGGAGAAUUAUGAGUACAGCUACCAAACGGCCGUCAACUGCCCGGGCACUCAGCCCCCCAGCGUCCAUCCGUGCUACCUGAGGGAGUGCCCUGUGUCGGCCAGCUGGAGAGUCGGCAACUGGGGCAGCUGCUCAGUGUCCUGUGGUGUGGGAGUGACACACAGAUCUGUGCAGUGUUUAACCAACGAGGACCAGCCCAGCCACUUAUGCCCUGCCGACCUGAAGCCAGAGGAAAGGAAAACUUGUCACAAUGUCUAUAACUGUGAGUUACCCCAGAACUGCAAGGAGGUAAAGAGACUGAAAGGUGCCACUGAAGAUGGUGAAUACUUUCUGCUCAUCGCGGGAAAGCUCCUGAAGAUAUUCUGUGCAGGGAUGCAGUCUGACCACCCCAAAGAGUUCAUAACCCUGGUCCACGGUGACUCAGAAAACUUCUCCGAGGUAUACGGGCACAGGCUGCACAACCCAACCGAAUGUCCCUACAACGGGAGCCGACGGGAUGACUGCCAGUGUCGGAAGGACUACACGGCAGCUGGGUUUUCCAGCUUCCAGAAAAUCAGAAUAGACCUGACCACGAUGCAGAUAAUAACCACUGACUUACAGUUUGCCCGGACCAGCGAAGGACACCCUGUCCCUUUUGCCACAGCCGGGGACUGCUACAGUGCUGCCAAGUGCCCGCAGGGUCGUUUUAGCAUCAACCUUUACGGGACCGGCCUGUCUUUAACUGACUCAGCCAGAUGGAUAUCACAAGGGAACUACGCGGUCUCCGACAUUAAGAAGUCCCCGGACGGUACCCGAGUCAUGGGAAAAUGCGGUGGCUACUGUGGGAAAUGUACUCCGUCCUCUGGCACUGGCCUGGAGGUUCGAAUUUUAUAGUUAAGGUGCUCUGAAAAGGAAGCCAUUAUGGGAUGGAUGAAGGAUAGUAAUGCAAUACCUCCACCUUAAAUUUGUGUGCGUGUGGGCGUGUGAGGACUUGUAUGAGUGUGUGUGUGUGUGUACAUAUGCACAUAUAUACAUAU